AUGACCCACCAAACCCAUGCUUACCAUAUAGUAAACCCCAGCCCAUGACCACUCACAGGAGCCCUAUCUGCCCUAUUAAUAACAUCUGGCCUAAUAAUAUGAUUCCACUUCCACUCUUUUACCCUCCUAUCUAUUGGUCUCCUAACUAAUACCCUCACAAUAUAUCAAUGAUGACGAGACAUUGUACGAGAAGGCACCUUUCAAGGUCACCAUACUCCGAUUGUACAAAAAGGCCUUCGUUAUGGUAUAAUCCUAUUUAUCCUCUCAGAAGUUUUCUUCUUUGCAGGCUUUUUCUGAGCUUUCUAUCACUCAAGUCUUGCCCCCACCCCAGAACUAGGCGGCUGCUGACCACCCGUAGGCAUCACCCCCUUAAACCCACUUGAAGUACCCCUUCUAAACACCUCUGUUCUCCUGGCCUCAGGUGUCUCCAUUACCUGAGCACACCAUAGCCUUAUAGAAGGGAAUCGAAAAAACAUGCAACAAGCCCUACUAAUCACUAUCCUCCUCGGGGCCUACUUCACCCUACUUCAGGCCUCCGAGUAUUACGAAACAUCCUUCACAAUCUCAGAUGGCGUAUAUGGCUCAACAUUCUUUAUAGCAACCGGAUUCCACGGCCUCCAUGUCAUCAUCGGCUCCACCUUCCUAACAGUCUGUCUACUUCGACAAUUUAAUUUCCACUUCACAUCCAACCACCACUUCGGAUUCGAAGCCGCUGCAUGAUAUUGACACUUUGUUGACGUAGUCUGACUAUUCCUGUAUGUCUCCAUUUACUGAUGAGGAUCCU